AUGCCCGCAGAUCAACCCAUCGCCGUUGGCGACUCCAAAGGCCCUACCGCCGACGCCAUCCCAACUUCCUCCACCACCACGAACGAAGAUGCCGCCGUCAGCCAGGGCAUCCACACCCUCGAGGUCAGAUCCGUCCACUGGUACAGCUACCUGACCACUGUCGACUUCUGGAUCGUCCUCGCUCUCGGCCAGGUCCUCGCCCUGUGCAUCACGGCCACCAACACCUUCACCAGCUUCCUCGCCAACGCCGGCACCAACAUCCCUGCCUUCCAGACCGUCUUCAACUACAUCCUCAUGUUCAUUAUGUACACGCCCUGGUUCCUCUACAAGGACGGCGUCAAGGGCUGGUGGCGCGUCGCUGUGAAGGAUGGAUGGAAGUACUUCAUCAUGGCGUUUUUGGAUGUCGAGGGAAACUACUUUACGGUUUUGGCUUACAGAUACACAAACGUCUUGUCUGCGCAGCUCAUCAACUUCUGGGCCAUUGUCUGCGUUGUGGUCAUUUCCUUCUUCCUCCUCAAGGUCCGCUACAGAGUGUUCCAGAUCAUCGGUAUCUUGGUAUGCUGUGGUGGUAUGGGUAUUCUGAUUGGCAGCGACCAUAUCACCGGUACCAACGGCGGUAAAGGUCUUGACAUGGUCAAGGGUGAUUUGUUCGCUCUGCUCGGUGCCACCCUCUACGGUACUACCAAUGUCUUCGAGGAGUGGCUUGUUUCCAGGGCUCAUCUGUACCACGUCCUGUCUUUCCUGGGUCUGUUUGGUAUGUGCAUCAACGCUGUCCAGGCUGCCAUCUUUGACCGAAACUCCUUCGAUAACGCUACCUGGAACGGUAAGGUUAUCGGCUGGAUCGUUGGUUACACUCUGUGCCUGAACCUGUUCUACGCCCUGGUUCCUGUCAUGCUGCGCAUGGGCAGUGCGGCUUUCCUCAACAUCUCGUUGCUGACUGCCAACUUCUGGGGUGUCAUCAUCGGAAUCCGGGUCUUCGGUUACACCAUCCACUUUCUCUACCCCAUUGCCUUUGUCCUUAUCAUCAUUGGUCAGCUCACCUACUUCGUCACUGGCAGCAUGCUUAGCGACUCCAAGAAGCCCUGGCUGGGCGAUAACCAGGAGGAUGGCGUUUUGGGAUUCGGUACUGCCAAGCUCAAGGCUCUCAACGCUGCGCGUAAGGCGCAGAUUGAGGCCGAGGCUGGCAACAACGAGUCAUGA